CAAGGAAGGGGCAAGGGACAAGUCAGUCGCUCUCAGAGGGGAACUACCACAAAGAAAUAGUAGGAGUAUUUGAAGAAUAAGAAUAAUGAUGGAAUUAAAAAUUCACCAUCUGGAUACAGUGCAGCUCCUGUCUUGAAGAAACUCAGCAGGAAACCACCAUCAUGGUCCAGGUGUCCUUCAGCCCUCCCACAAUAUGCCUGGCUCUCCUCCCAGGUCUACGCAGGCUCCUCCCGUCUCUUCCUCCAACAGUGCGAGAUGUCGACGUACCUCCUUUGUUUCGGGAGCGUUACAUUCUGUCAGGAUACCGUCCUGUUGGCCAGUCAUGGCGCUGCUACGUCUUAAGUCUAUUCCAGCUGCACAAUGAAACGCUGAACGUGUGGAGCCAUCUGCUGGCCGCUCUCUGCAUCGCAUUGAGGUUCCUGACCUUCUCAGUCUUCCAAGGAGGGGGGCUCCUGGGAUUCCGGCUGCAAGGGCCUGAAGGUCAGGGCUUUUCGCUGGAUGUCUCAUCCAUGCCAUUAAUCCUUUAUGUUUGCUCUUCCAUCACAUAUCUGACCUGCAGCGCGUCGGCCCACCUGCUUCAGUCCCACUCAGAGCGGGCUCACUACUCGCUCUUCUUCCUCGACUACGUUGGUGUGGCAGUCUACCAGUAUGGCUGCUCCCUGGCCCUGUACUUGUACAGCUCCGACUCAGUCUGGAGGCAAAGCACUCUGGGGCAGAUACAUAUCUUCCUCCCGGCCUCAGCCUUCCUGGCCUGGCUGUCCUGCUCUGCCUGCUGUUAUGCCAAACUGCGUUUCCAGCGAUCAUACCCACUUCACAGGAAGUUAUGCCAAGUUGGACCUAUGGGUGUGGCCUACCUGCUGGACAUCAGCCCGGUCAUCCACCGUCUGUCCACACAAAACUGGAGCAGCAGCCCUGCCAUGCCUCUUCACCUUCUGCAGGUGGUGCUGUUCCUGCUGGCUGCCUUCUUCUUCUCCUGUCCCAUUCCUGAGCGCUUUUCCCCUGGACGAUAUGACAUUAUAGGCCACGGGCACCAACUCUUCCACCUCCUCCUCUCGCUCUGCACGCUGGCGCAACAGGAGGCGCUCUAUGAGGACUUCCUCAUGAGACGACCUGCACUGAUCAGGAUGUUUGGGGAAGAGCGCAUCCUGCUGGCGUGUGUGUCCUUCAUCUGCCUGACCUUGUGCUGUGUGAUGACAGUGAAUCACAUGAGUGCACAGGUCGUAGCGCAGCUGAAGAGAGGACACAGAUAA